UGGAGGUGUGAGGCAAAUGUGCUAACCACUAAGCCAUCGUUCCCCCUACAAAAACCUAUAUGAUAGAUAUAUUUAAGUUGGAACCCCUUUAGGAAUAAUUUUAUACAGCAUAAUGUAUUGUCUUCUCCUGCAUGUGACUGCUCAUUUUCCAUCAUCAUCUUGUGUUAGGGAUUUUUUCUUUGGCCAGUGGUCUUCCAAGGUAAGAUUUAAUGGCAAAUCAGUUAUCAUUACAGAAGUCAACACCGGAAUUGGCAAAGAAACCACAAGAGAUUUAGCUAAAAAGAGGAUCAUCAUAGCUUGCAGAGAUAUUGCCAAAGCCGAAACAGCACAGAGAGAGAUUGUUGCUGAUUCAGGCAACCAAAAUGUCCUCAUCAGAAAACUCGACACAAAAUCAAUCCGGGAAUUUGAAGAAGUAAUAAACAAAGAGGAAAAGCAAUUAAAUUUUCUCAUAAACAAUGCUGGAAUCAUGAUGUGCCAUUCUAAGACUGCGGAUGGCUUUAAGAUGCAAUUUGGAGUCAAUCAUUUUGAGGUCGAAGUGCCCUCUCAGAUGGAGGGGGAGGGCGGGCUGGGCCCGGAGGCUUUGGUGGUUGUGGAGCCCGCCGUUUCUUGGUUGCAUUUGGAUGACGUCAACAGUGAGAAGAGUUACCAAAAACAGGAUGGACAGAGCAAGCUAGCAAAUAUCCUCUGUUCUCGAACCCUGACCAAAAGUCUUAAAGACACAGGCGUGACAGUAUAUUCAAUCCACCCAGGCAUUGUUUACACUGAACUAAAGAGACACAUGAACCUUGGGCUCCUAAUAGUCAGGUCUUUCACAAAGACAUCAGUGCAGGGAGUGCAGACUUCAAUCUACUGUUCUGUGGAGCCAGCGCUCGACUCACGCAGUGGUGGCUAUUACAGCAAUUGUAGACCUUCACGUUGCACAUAUGAUGAAGUUGUGGGAGCUGGGGACCUCAGUUGCCAGAUGCUUGGCAUGAACUGGGAAUGA